AUGAGUCCGAACAUGCCCGAAACCACCCAAGACAAGAACGACAAAACUGACCAGGCUUUGCACCUGGAAGAUGUUGCUCCCGCGAAAAUCCUCGACAGGGAUGAAGAUACAUCUGCAGAACCUCCCAUGUCCAUUACCAAGACGCUGCUCGCCAACCCCAUGAUCCUCUCACUGUCCAUGUUCGCCAACGUCGGCGCUCUAAUGUAUGGCUACGAGAAUAUGUCGCUGUCGCUGUGCCUAUCCAUGACCUCAUUCAUGACGCAAUUCGGCGAAAACACCUCCGCUGGGGUGGUGAUCCCCGCCUAUUGGCAGUCGCUGUGGAAUGCAAUCCCCCAGCUAACCACGAUGCUGGGUGCGUGGAGCGCUGGCCACAUUUCGGAUGCUUUUGGCCGUCGCCUGGGGUUCUUUCUUUCGGGCAUCAUCUCCUCCGCUGGCGUGGCCGUUCUUUACAGUGCAGCCACAUCCCCGGUCUUUCUUGUGGGAAAGAUGGUAAAUGGAAUUGGGUUGGGAAUGGCCCUUGCCACAGGCCAGAGUUACGUUUCCGAGAUCGCCCCGUUGGAACUGCGCGGCAUCUUGCUUUCCCUGUAUUCGUUUUCCAUGAACCUAGGUCUCAUAAUAUCCGCGUCGAUCGCAUUCACUCGUCUCGAUAUUCCCACAGCCGCCUCCUACCAGGUACUUUUUGCUAUAGGAUGGACCUGGACAGCACUGCUGAUCAUCUUUGCCUAUGCUAUUCCCGAGUCUCCAUACUAUCUUGUCCGCAAGGGGGAGAAGGACAAAGCGUGCGCUGCGCUCGCUAGAAUUUCCAAUAAGCACACAAACGUUGGAGCAAAACUGGAGGACAUCGUGCGCGUCUUCGAGCAUGAACAACAGCUGUCCGGAGAGGCCAAGGAUAGCAGCUUCCUGGAAUGCUUCAGGGGCAGCAACUGGCGGCGGACGCGGAUCAUUCUCUACUGCAACGGGCUGUCGCAGAUGAUUGGCGCGACCUUUCUAUCCAAUGCGCCCUACUUUCUCAUUAUGGCGGGGAUGAGCUCUAAUAACACAGGCAUGAUCGUGGAGAUUGGCCUUGCUUUCGCGAUCUGUAGCUCGAUCAUGACCUGGUUUGCGCUCAGCCGGUAUGGCCGACGCAACAUCAUUCUGUUUGGCGUUGGUCUAUCGUGCCUCCUCUUCCUCAUGAUGGGGAUAACCAGCUGCUUCCCGUCCACUUCCAAGACCCUUUGGGUGAUCGGGAUUUCACUCGAGUUGACCUGGUGGACGAUGGGCCCGACGGUUGGUCCAGCGAUGGGCAUUGCCGGCGAAGUGUCUCAGGUGCGGCUACGAGCAAAAUCGCAAUCGAUCGGCUUCGCAUUUAACUAUUUCUACUCGACGCUCUGGAACGUGGUCGUCCCAUACAUGUUCAACGCCGAUGAGGGGAAUCUGGGCGGAAAGAUGGGCUGGAUCUUUCUGGCGACGAGCGCUAUCAGCUUGAUUGUCCUGUACUUUGAGGUUCCCGAAACUAAGGACCGGUCUUACGAGACGCUGGAUGAGAUGUUUCGGCGCGGGAUUCCUGCUCGGCGGUUCGCUUCGUGGAAUCCUUCGGCCACUUACAAUGAUUAA